AAUAUUCUCUACUACCUUUAAACACGUGUCAGUCAAAAUUUGUUUAAAUUCACUCUAGGUAUAAAAGCAAUUAACGUAAGAUCGUGUUGUUCUGUUGUCGAGGAGUUUUUAUCCGCGAAGAAGUGAAACUAAUCAGAAUGAAAGAUAUUAUUUUGGUUUUUAUAUUUGGAUUAUUCGCAGUUGGCAUAGAUAUCUCUAUUGCUAAACGAUUGACGCCCUUAAAAAUUGCUGUUAUUGGCGCCGGGGCAUCGGGGCUUGCAAGUGCAAAAAAUGCCCUUGAUAAAAAAUAUAAUGUAGACAUCUUCGAGAAGAGCGAAGCACUUGGUGGAAUAUGGUAUUAUACAGAUAAUAUUGGAAAAGACAAAUUUGGUGUUGAUAUUCACACUCCAAUGUAUAAACUUCUUAGAACUAAUACACCGUAUCAGACGAUGGAGUUUCCCGGUUUAUCCUUUCCAAACGGCACACAAUCUUAUCCAACCCACAAUGCCGUAUGGAGGUACUUGGAUCAUUAUGCCACAAAAUAUAAAAUAAAAAAACGUAUAAAAUAUCACCAUUUGGUUGAACAUGUUAGUUUAUUCGAAAAUGAUAAGUGGAAAAUAAUCGUCAGAGACGUGAGUAAAAAUAAAACUGACGUUAGUAUAUAUGACGCAGUUUUUGUUUGCACGAAUAUAUUUUCUUCGCCGCGUGUACCCAAGUUUGAAGGUGUCGAAGGAUUUAAAGGAAAAAUUAUGCAUAGCCGUGAUUAUCGUAAACCUGAAACAUUUCGCAGAAAAGAUGUCUUAAUUAUCGGUAGUGGCCCAAGUGGCAGUGACAUAGCACUUCAAAUAGAAGAUUAUGCUAGUCGGCUAACAAUAAGCCGUCAUAUAUAUAGAUCAAACCAAUCUGCAAAUAAAGAUAAAGCUGGAGGUUCAGUCGAGAAUGACGACGCAUUUAAAGGUGAUGUAAAAAGAUUUAUUGGGACGAAUCAAGUUGAAUUUGAAGAUGGAACGUGUCUAAAUUUUACAGAUGUUAUCUAUGCUACAGGUUAUAAAUAUUCGUAUCCAUUCUUGGAUGAGAAUGUUGGUAUUCAUGUUGAAGACAAUUAUGUGAAGCCGCUGUAUAAGCAAAUUUUAAAUAUUGAAUAUCCAACGAUGGCUUUCAUCGGUAUACCUUACAGUGGGGCGCAUAAUAAAAUGUGUGAUUUGCAGGCACGUUUUGCGCUAACAUUCAUCUCUCGAGCCAAACAAGUGCCAUCACAUACCGAAAUGUUGAUCGAUAUGGAAAGUCAACCUAAGAAUGAACCUCAUUUCCUUGGAGUGAGACAAAUAAACUAUUAUAAACAACUCGCUGACACUGCAGGCAUUGAAAAUAUACCAGAAGUCUACGCAAAUAUAAUUGCGGAUUCACAAGGAAAUUCAACAAGUUCAUCGGAUUUCCGUAACAAUGUUUACAUUAUAAGUGCAAAUAUGAAGACAUUCAGAAAAGUGGAGAUGUAAAAAAACAUUCAUGUAUAUUAUUAAAUGUCCGAAAAUAAUAAUAAUAAAAAUUUUUCGUUGGGCAAGCUUAUUCAUUAA